AUGACCACCUCAAGCUGCACCACGGGCCUCCAGCAUCGCAGCAGGAUGGCGCUGAGCCAUUGCAAAAAUCUUACGACAAGCCUGCGUGGUUUAAUAUUUCAGAAUUUUCACAACUAUCACUGUCGAAGCACUCUUGUUUCUUUUGCAACGGCGAGCGCCACGGUCGUGGUGCGUAGUACUAGCACACCAAAAAUAUAUCGGUGCAUAUUGAGCAUAGAAGCGCGCCAGCUUGGUCGCGUUCGCCAUCCACCAGGCAGCGUGAAGAGCUGCGGGUUUUAUCUUCCGCCGCGACGUUUUUCUAGUACCAAAGUUUGUCUCCAUGCUGAGGAUGAGGAACUGAGCCGCCUUAGUCCACUGGGUGGAACAGAGCCAGAGAAGGUGGUCGCAGAGGAGCGCCCAACUGAGCACCUCCAGGUUGCUGGGCCGCCAAGUGGUGAACCACAAAGAAUCUCGUCUCCACCUACGCCACAUCAAAAACUACAUGGCUCUUCCUUAGCCACCCAGCUGGUGCACCAAGAGCCCUCUCAACUUGCCCUCCGCCGCACGUGGAACUGGGUUGAAAAGUGGGUGAUUGGGAAGAAUAUCUGUCCCUUCGCCAAACCUCUCGUGGACAGGCAGAAAUUGCGGAUCGCGCUUUUCGGCGGCAGCACAGUGGCUGAGUUGUGUCAGUUCCUGAAGCAAGAGCUGCGCCUGUUGGAGUUGUUUGAAGAUAGUGGUGCUCUACUCGGCCAAAACGCGGCCGGCCGUGGAUCUUAUUUUCCGGGAGGACCACCUCGAGGACAGGAGAGUGAAAAGCUGCACCUCGAGGAGCAGACAAGCAGCGGUAUCGUGGCUCCUGUCGAAUUCGAAAGUAACAAGAGCGCAGUUCUGGCUGACGAUUAUACAUCACGACGAGAGGAACUACUAGUACGGGAUAAUUCCACCGUAUCCUCCCCGUCCCCCGCCUGCGGUAGGAAUUUAUUCCACUCUACCCUGAUCGUUCUGACCAAUGCUGAGUUUCUCCAAGACUACUACGACUUCUACCGUGCUGCGUCGUGCCUGGAGCAAGCCGUUGAGGAGGAGGUGGAGGAGAUGGUCGCGCUCUUGGACGACCGGCGUGGGCUAAAUCAACUCUCGACGGCCAGAGCAGACGGGAAGUCACGUUCUGCAGCCGGUGAUUCAACGUACACGACUGGAAACGGCCGCGCGAACGCUACGACAGGCACUUCUGCGUCGUGCAAGGGUCCUCCACCUCCAGACGUCGAAAGUGAAAGAAACAAGAAGCCAGUGCAACUGGUGCUGUUUCACCCGAAGGCGGUGCACAAUGGCUACAGCUGCGCGGACUAUGUGCUCGACUGUGGUAGAAAAGGAGGUGACAACGUCUACAGCCAUGGAAACGCCGACUGGACGCGGGCACGGCAAGUCGAGGAAAAGGUCCAAAGCCAGGAGGUGAAAACAAAAAAUCCGCACACGACCACUGCGAGUGCAGGCCACAACAUGAAGAGCACUCGCUCGAUCGGCAAUGCAGAAGUGCUCCACCCAUCCUGUCCAAACGAAGAAGAGGCUUUUCUGCGAAGCAAACCUAGCAGAAAAAGCAACCCGCAUCUUCACGUGGAUGAGGCUUCUUGUAGCUGGGGUGCAGCUACUUCUGCCGGAGGUCAGUUACCGGGGCUGGAUCUCAGCGAGGGGCUUCUGCUGGCCGCUGAUGGAGAGGACUACAAGGCAAUGAAAACUCUUGAUGAGCUUGCUUCUAGCAGGGUGGAGGUAGGAGGAAAUCAACGAGCUGCUGGUGUUGAAAAUACUAAAUCUAAAGCUUCUGCUUUGCGUGACCUUGACGUCCUGCGGUUCUACUCGUCGAACGGACGCAAAAGCUGCCGUCGGCCGCGUCGACCUCCUUGUUCUCGACAUGAUGCAGGAUCGGUGCUGACACGAGAGCGCAGCCGUGCAGCACCUUCAUCUGCGCAUGAUGGUGGGCCAGGGAUACAACGAGAGGACCAGGGCGAGGCCUGUGGCAGAGGCAGUGGGCUCGCAUUAGAAAAAGAAGUGGCGCCUUCGCGCUCCUGCAGGAAUAACCUACAGCAAGAAGAGAAGGAAGAGGGCACGGGGGCCACUGCAACGAGAACCUUCUUAAGGAGGACUACAACACCACCAAUAGCGGGAAGGCCGCCCUUUUUUUCCCGGCAGCAAAAGAUGGCCACGUUCCAGCUGAAUCAGGAUAUUUCUGCUUCUGCGGAACUACUGCUAGAACGCGAAGCCCAAGCUGCUUUUUCUAGCACAGCACUCGGCUCCUCGUUGAAGAAACUUGAUGGCAGCUCCCUCAUUCAAGACUCCUCAUCUACUGCGACCAAUAAAACCGGGAGGUGUAGUAGUAGUUCCCGAGAGCGGGGGUCGUGCUCUCGCAUGACAGGACGAGGAGAUGCUGAAGACACGAUUUCCUUCGUUGACGACGAGGACCAGGACCACUACGGCCCGAACUACGUCUAUGGAAGCGUCAGGUUUGAAAUCAACAAAGUUGAAAUAAUUUGCCAUGCAUAAAAUGGAUACCAGUUCUUGGAAGACCAAUUUCCAAGCUGCGCAUGGCAAAUUUGUGGAGUACCGAAAUCCAAUUUGUCAUGCUGUUUGGGCACAGAAGGGUGCUUUUGUCAUGCUCCUUUAGCAGCUCUAUCCCAAACCCUAAAUAGGCUCGCAAUCUGCCUCACUUGCCAUCCCAGCAAGACAGGCACUUCAUGCCUUGCAUUUUAUGCAUGACAAACCAUUUCAACUUUGACGAUUUCAAUCCUGACAGAUUCAUAACGUCCUCCGGGCACCGUACCCGACAAUACACUUGUUGCGCCAAGUGGACGUGUAGGCAGUGGAAUAAAUGUUCUUGUGUCCAAAUCUGCGAGGUCUGGAAGUCUGCAUCGAGUACCUUUGAUUGAUGUCUAGUACACUUGAUUGGAAUCUGAGCUCUGUGAAGUUGUUGCGAGUCCACGAAGAGCAACUGUCCGCUCGCAGUCGCAUGUCACGCAAAAUAAACUCAGUUUCUAUCUUUAUGGUGCGGUGCUGCCGAGGCAGAGCCCCCGGAAGCGGCGGGGGAUGAAAACCUACCAUACUGGAACUUGGCUGCGCAGUUUUGAUGCAGUCGGCAAUUGCAUUCAGUACAGCUUUCCAGACCGCGAGCAGAUGAAGACGCAUUUCUAACGCAUACUGUGGACAACGCGAAGGCAAAAUAUGGGGAGAAGGUCGUCGAAAAAAUUCCGGAAAGAAACUUCUACAGGUUGUUGAAGAAUGACCUCGCCGCUGGUUUGUUGAGCUCGAACACGAAACAAUCGUGCCUCCAGAAGGUAAAAGCAGAAGAAAGUCCUGCUGCAGGAGACCAAGACAGUACUGAUAAGCAUAAAGAUGGUGGACGCAAUGGUGUAUUUCAUUUUUGGAAAAAUGAAAUCGCUUGCCCAAGAGAAGCGUUGUAGUGUAGAUACUUAUAUUUCCGCGACGGCGCUGAAGGCAGCGACAGGGGCUUUGUUGCCUGUGAC